UUGGCAGGGGGAAUUGCAAAAAAGGAGAAGAAAGGUUUGAGAGUCAAGUACGGAAGUGAAUAUGACCAAAUAUGGCCCGGGGCCAGACGGGCCAUCCUAUCAGAGGAGAGACGCGGGUGCGAGGAUCCAUCUUCCACCGCGGAGCAAAGCGAGCGCGCAGAGGGGGAACCCGGCCGGAAAGUCUCUCCAAAAGGAAAAAAAAAAGAGGGUCAGACUUUGGACAUGCUGCUUUCGGAGUCGGAGGAUGAAAUCGACUCGGACAGCCGCGGCCUGGAUGAGGACUACAGACCGACGGGACCGGACAAGGAGGACUUCGGUGGGGAGGAGAGUUCGGACAGAGAGUGGGACUGCAGACCUGCGAAGAGACGGGCCUCCAGAAGACAAUGCCGCUCUGUGUACGCCACCCCUGUGAAAUCCGCCCCGAGGAAGUGGGAGCGGACUCCCUGCAGAAAGAGACUCCACUACGAGCUCACGCCCACAAAAGACUCCCCCUCCCCCGGCGCCGCAAAGAGGCCCUCCACCCCGCGCCGGAGGAGUCCGAAGCCGCGGGCCGGAAGGCGGGCCGGGACCCCCAAAGCGCGGGACGAGGAGGAGGAGGACCGUUGGCGCGAUAUUGACGAGGAAGACGUCGAGCCGCCGCAGCCCAAGUUCAGGCCCGAGCGGGAUGUGGGGCCCCAGCUGAACCGGACGGCCAACUACACCCCGCUGGAGCUGUUCCAGCUCUUCUUCUCCACCACGGUCAUCGACACGCUGGUGAAGAACACCAACGCCAACGGCGCCAGGAAGUGCCGGGGUCAGCGGGAGAGCUGGGCGCCGGUCAGCGCGGCGGACAUGUACUCCUACAUCUGCCUGGUCAUCUACAUGGGCAUCGUGCCCCUGAAGACCCUGAAGGAGUUCUGGAGGGGCUCCCGGCUCUUCAGCCUGCCCUUCCCGGCCUCCGUCAUGCCUUGCCGGCGAUUCCUGGCCAUCUCGCGCAGCCUCCACAUGAGCGACCCCACCAGCGAGGCCGCCAACGACCGCAAGAAGGGGACCCCGGGGUACGACAAGCUUUUUAAGAUCAGGCCGCUGUACGAGCAGAUUUUGGAGGCCUGCCACACCUUCUUCCACCCGUACCAGCAGAUCUCCAUAGACGAGCGCAUGGUGGCGAGCAAAGCCCGGUUUGGAUUCAAGCAGUACAGUAGAAACAAGCCCACGAAAUGGGGCUUCAAGCUUUUCGUCCUGGCCGACUCCACGUGCGGCUACACCUUGAACUUUUUCGUGUACGGGGGAAGAGGCGGGGAGCCCACGGGGAGGGGGCUGAGCUACGACGCCGUCAUGAGGCUGCUAGACAUCCCCUUUCUGGGGAAGGGAUACAAGCUCUACGUGGACAACUUCUACACCAGCCCCACCCUUUUCCUCGACCUCCUCCAGAGGAAGAUCCUGGCGUGCGGCACGAUCCGUCCCAACGUCGUGGGCUACCCCAAAACGAGCAAGAACAACAUGCCCGAGAAGACCCCCAGGGGAACCAUCCGCUGGCUGAGGAAGGGCCAGCUGCUGUUCGUCAAGUGGUUCGACACCCGGGAGGUGACGGUGUGCUCCACCAUGCACAGGGCGCACGCCAGCGACGUGGCCAAGCGCAAGGUGAAAACCGCCGACGGGCAGUGGACGGUGAAGCACGUCCCCAUCCCGAGCUGCAUCCGGGACUACAACCAGCACAUGGGCGGGGUGGACCUGUCGGACGCGCUCAUCGGCUACUACAAGGUGCUCCACAAAACCCAGCGCUGGUACAAGACCCUCUUCUACCACUUCGUGGACAUAGCCACCGUCAACGCCUUCAUCCUCCACAAGGAGAUGUGCAAGCUGCAGAGUCGGCCCGUGCUGACGCAGAAGGCGUUCAGGGAGCAGCUGAUCCUGGCCCUGGCCGAGAUCGGCUCCGCCCCCCGCCGGGCAGGCCCGCAGAGCAUACUGUGGCCCGUCUUGCCGUUCACAGGGCCUCCGGCCGCCGGCCUCGAGGCGGCGCCCGGCUCCGGGGGGUCUUCCGCCGACCUCGCCACUGCCUCCGGCCCUCCGAGUCUGGGCCACCUCCCGUCGUAUUUCUCCGAGCAAAUGAGCAACGUGGCCUCCAGGAGCAGGGCCACGGCCGGACGGCGGGCCUGCGUGGUCUGCAAGAGAAAAUCGCCGGUGUUCUGCAGCGCCUGUCACAAAACGCUGUGUUUCACCACGCUGAGGAACUGCUAUAGCAAAUGGCACCGAAGCAACAACAUCUGCGCCUGA